GCUUUUUACCCUUUUUCGUAUAACCGUCCCCCAAACAAAGCAUAAAGUCUCUCAUUUCUUCUCUUAUUCGCCCACACACACAGUCACACAGUCGCACACACAACACCACGCACUGUGUGUUCUCUCCUUCUCUGCGCUUGCAUGCCUAUAUAUACACAUCGCACAUUUCAGAGUUUGUUCUGUGUCCAUUUCAAACCGAAGAGACAUCUCUUGACUUUCCUCACUUCUCGCUUUGCUUGUCUCUCCCAUCUCUCAAAAUAUCUCUCCCCCCUUUUUCCGCCUUCCCUUAUAAAUUUCUACCCAUUUUCUUCGUCCUGGUUGAACUUGAUCUGAAUUGGGCUUCUCGGUCUUCUUUUUUUCUUUUUUGACAUGUAAGUUUUGCUUCCUGUUCUUUGACAAUUCUGUCUCGUUUCCGCGUUUUUUCCUGUUUAGGAUCACUUUUAUGAUCUGGGGUGCUUUUAUUUUGAUUGGAUCUUUGUGAAGGAUGUGCUGAAUUUCCCGUUGUUAGUCGUGAUCUCGAUUGGCAUUGUGUUAUUUGAUCUGGAUCUCGUUUGUUUGCAUAUUUUAGCUUUUUCGUUAGCUUUUGGAUUUGUUGAAUUUAGGUGGGUUACCGGAAAGUUGCCUUCUUUACUAUAUGUGUGAAUCGAAGUAACUAAGAUAUCGAUGAAGGGGAGGUUUUUUUGCUUUUUGAUUAAUUUAUGUAUUUGAUUGGAUCUGAGUUCCCUCGUGGUUAAUCGGGAAUGAUCUCCAUCUAAAUUUUCAUUUUGUAUCGGGUUAGUAGUUUUCUAAAUGUGUUUAUUGGAAGAUGUUUGCUCCCACUGUUGUUGUGUAAUUAAUGACAUUUGAGUGUUGAUUAGAGAGUCUAGUUGAUGAUUGAUCGUUUUGAUUGUACUAUUUAUUGCAGAUUAAUUGUCAUUCUUGUCUAUUUGUUGUGGGGGUUUAUAAUUUUUGCGAUCUUGUCUGCAAAUUAUUGCCUCCAACUGUAGAUUUUAAUAUUAAAUUGUUUCCAAUGAAUGGCUUCUUUGUAUUGCAUAUCUGAUUGUCGGUGGUGUUAGGCAUCAGUAAAGGUGUCAGUUCAAUUCCGUGAUUCUCCUUUUAUGUAUAUCAUUGACAUCCUGCAAUUCUGCUUUUAUGUGUAUCAUUUACAUUCUGCAAUUCUGCUUUUAUGCAUAUCAUUGACAUUCUGCGAUUCUGCUAUUGUAGAGACGUAUAAGAAUGGCGUCGUACACCCCCAAGAAUAUUCUCAUCACGGGGGCUGCAGGAUUUAUUGCAUCCCAUGUUGCAAACAGGCUCAUCCGCAGCUACCCGGAUUACAAGAUUGUUGUCCUUGACAAGCUUGAUUACUGCUCGAAUCUCAAGAACCUUUUUCCUUCUCGCUCAUCCGCUAACUUCAAGUUUGUGAAAGGGGAUAUUGCAAGUGCUGAUCUUGUGAAUUACCUGCUCAUCACAGAGUCAAUUGACACCAUAAUGCACUUUGCUGCCCAAACCCAUGUUGAUAAUUCUUUUGGUAAUAGCUUUGAGUUCACCAAGAACAACAUUUAUGGCACACAUGUGCUGUUAGAGGCCUGCAAAGUUACUGGUCAGAUCAGAAGAUUUAUUCAUGUAAGCACAGAUGAAGUUUAUGGAGAGACAGAUGAGGAUGCUGUUGUAGGGAACCAUGAAGCCUCGCAACUCCUUCCCACCAACCCGUAUUCUGCAACCAAAGCUGGAGCUGAAAUGCUCGUUAUGGCAUAUGGCAGGUCAUAUGGCUUGCCUGUAAUAACUACAAGAGGGAACAAUGUUUAUGGUCCAAAUCAGUUCCCUGAGAAGUUAAUUCCGAAGUUUAUUCUUUUGGCCAUGAGAGGGAAGCCCCUUCCAAUUCAUGGUGAUGGCUCCAAUGUGCGCAGUUAUCUGUACUGUGAAGAUGUUGCUGAAGCGUUUGAAGUUAUUCUACACAGGGGUGAAGUUGGUCAUGUUUACAACAUUGGGACCAAGAAGGAACGAAGGGUGAUUGAUGUUGCAAAAGAUAUAUGCAAACUUUUCAACAUGGAUCCUGAGAAAAGUAUCCAGUUUGUUGAAAACAGGCCAUUUAAUGACCAGAGAUACUUCCUAGACGAUCAGAAACUCAAAAACUUGGGUUGGUCAGAGAGGACUGUGUGGGAAGAAGGGCUGAAAAAGACUAUGGAAUGGUAUAUCAACAACCCUGAAUGGUGGGGGGAUGUGACUGGAGCAUUGCUUCCUCAUCCUAGAAUGCUGAUGAUGCCUGGUGGAAUUGAAAGACAGUUGGAUGAAUCAGAAAAGUACGACUCUGGAUCAUCUGAAUUCAAAGAGAACUCCCAUGAGACCAAAAUGGUGGCCCCUUCUCCUAAGAGCACCGACACACCAAACAAGUCACCUUUCAAGUUUUUGAUUUAUGGUAAGACUGGAUGGAUUGGUGGUCUUCUUGGGAAGUUGUGUGAGAAACAAGGAAUUCCAUUUGAGUAUGGAAGGGGGCGUCUGGAGGAUCGAUCUAGCCUACUGUCUGACAUCCAUGCUAUUAAGCCCACACAUGUUUUCAAUGCAGCUGGUGUUACUGGUCGACCCAAUGUUGAUUGGUGUGAGUCGCACAAGGCUGAAACCAUUCGGGCAAAUGUGGCUGGAACUCUAACCUUGGCUGAUGUGUGCCGAGAGAAUGGUCUACUGAUGAUGAACUUCGCCACUGGAUGUAUAUUUGAAUAUAAUGCUUCGCAUCCUGAGGGUUCUGGUGUUGGAUUUAAAGAGGAAGAUACACCUAAUUUUACUGGAUCUUUCUACUCAAAGACCAAGGCCAUGGUCGAGGAGCUUCUGAAAGAAUAUGACAAUGUAUGCACCCUCAGGGUCAGGAUGCCAAUCUCUUCAGACCUAAACAACCCACGCAAUUUCAUUACCAAGAUUAGUCGGUACAAUAAGGUGGUUAAUAUUCCCAACAGCAUGACUAUCUUGGAUGAACUUCUUCCUAUCUCGAUUGAGAUGGCAAAGAGAAAUCUCAGGGGAAUAUGGAACUUUACCAACCCUGGGGUUGUUAGCCAUAAUGAGAUACUGGAAAUGUAUAAGAAGUAUAUUGAUCCAGAGUUUAAGUGGGCUAACUUUACACUGGAAGAACAAGCAAAGGUGAUAGUUGCGCCUCGCAGCAACAACGAGAUGGAUGCCACCAAGUUGAAGACUGAAUUCCCAGAGUUGUUACCAAUUAAGGAGUCAUUGAUAAAGUAUGUCUUUGAACCCAACAAGAAAACUUCUGCCUGAAAAGCUGCAGCACAAGGUUAAUUUUGCAUUUUUCAAUAUAAGGCUACAUAUUGGUUUCGUAUGUUAGUGGGUAGCUGGUACUUAGACAGCUCUUUGCCUAUUGCUAUAGAAUCUGGAUAGUUACUAGGUUGAUUUUAAUCCGUUCAUUUUAUUUUUUUCUUAUGUUCGCUUAGAUGAAGAGGACCAGAAUGCAUAUUGUUUUUGCAUAUCAUUUUAGUAAUUUUUUUUAACCGAGAACAGAUGCUUCAGUAUCUGUUAUUCCCUUGUAUUUGGGUCUGUAUCAGGCGGAACCUAUAUGAUCUUAUUAUACAUUGAGUUCUUUUCUUUAAUUGGAUAUCUUGUGCGAUGAGUACCUUGUUCUUAUUUUGUUUAUCAGAACUCGGGGUAAACACAGCUCAAAGAUUGGUAGCAAAUAUUGGUGUGAAAUGAAAAAUGGAAUGAAAAGCCUUGAAUGAGAAGAUUUUAACAUCUUCCACCCUGUUUCAAAUUUUUUGAACUCUCUCCUAGCAGAAAGACAAUGUUUUGAAGUGAACUAGCCAGAAUUUGAACGGCCAAACUUGUUUGUGGGUUCCAUAACAAUCUAAACAAAUGUUUUUCCCCUUAUUUGACACUGAAUCUGUGAGAGUCAGAACGGCAUUGUUGCUAACAGAAUUUUCGCUACAUCUGCUCUUUGCAACAUAUUUUGUAGACAAAAAUAAAGCCAGAUCAUAGGACAUUGGCUAUCUGUGUUGCUGUGUUAGAGGAUUCAACAUUUACGCACAAUGCCCUGAGUAUUUGACAUUACAUUAUUUCCCAGUUCCUACUUCCUAGCCAAGACAAACAUGUCUUUUAGACAAAAGAAUGGUCGAACUCAUGGAUUCUUUCGUAUCAUCUUACGAUUAUUAUUUUUAGCAAAGGAUGCAAAAUGAUUCUGCUGCGGUCCGCAUUGAAUAUGAAGGGCAGUCAUUGAAAGAAAUGCAACAUGGGUGACCAUUCAGUACCUUAGUCAAGAAAGUAACACUCCUCCGCGUUCAUAGUUUUAACAACAUCUCACCAAGAUGGUCUGAAUCAGGUGCAAGCCAAGAGAAACCUAUUUUUGCUCGCUUUCGUAAUUUUAACCACAUUAGUACUGAUACAAAGAUGGUGUGAAUCAAUGUGCAAAACAAGAUCGAACUGUGAGCCGUUCAACAUUUUAUCCGCA